CAGCUGAUCAAUAUAACGCGUAAAAUAAAAGCGGCAGUGAGAUCAGCUUUCACGCCACUGCAGAGCGCAGAGCACGAACAAACGUGCAAUUCGAAUUGAAUCAUCCCAAUUCCCAACCAUUUUAAUUGGUUCUCGUACGAUCAAUCCAAUCCAAUCCAGAAAGUGGUUUCCUUCGACUGUUGGAUUGAUCCAGACUUUCAGUUUCAGCAUCAGCAUGGCAGACGGGGCAGAGAGGGAAGCCAAGAAGAUCAUCAUUGACACCGACCCUGGUAUCGACGAUGCCAUGGCCAUAUUUGUGGCGUUACAGUCCCCGGAAGUGCAAGUGAUUGGAAUUACUACUAUUUAUGGCAAUGUUUAUACCACUCUCGCCACGAGAAAUGCCUUGCAUUUGUUGGAGGUUGCAGGGAGAACCGAUAUUCCGGUGGCUGAAGGAUCUCACGUCACAAUAACUAAAGGUACAAAACUUCGCAUUGCUGAUUUUGUUCAUGGUGUGGAUGGACUUGGCAACCAAAAUUUUCCCCCACCAAAAGGAAAGCCAAUUGAACAGUCGGCAGCAGCUUUUCUGGUUGAACAAGCAAGCCUUUACCCUGGAAAGGUCACUGUGGUAGCAUUGGGCCCUCUUACAAAUAUUGCACUGGCUACUCAACUAGACCCUGCAUUUGCAAAGAACAUAGGGCAGAUUAUUCUUCUUGGCGGUGCUUUUGCAGUCAAUGGGAAUGUAAAUCCAGCAGCAGAGGCCAAUAUCUUUGGGGAUCCAGAUGCUGCAGAUACGGUAUUUACAUGUGGAGCAGAUAUUUUGGCUAUGGGGAUUAAUGUGACCCAUCAAGUUGUCUUGACAGAUGCUGAUCGAGAAACGCUGGCAAUGUCAAAUGGAAAGUUUGCUCAAUACUUGUGCAAAAUUUUAGAUGUGUACUUCUCCUACCAUCACGAUGCGUAUAGCACAAAAGGAGUUUAUCUUCAUGAUCCUGCAGUACUUGUUGCAGCCGUUAAUCCUUCACUUUUCACUUACAUGGAGGGUGUUGUUAGAGUCCAGACAAAUGGCACAAGAGGACUCACAAUUUUGUACAACAAACAGAAAAGGUUUGGUGAGGUGACGGAGUGGUGUGAUAAACCCACAGUGAAGGUAGCAGUGACGGUUGAUGCCCCCACAGUUGUGAAAUUGGUUAUGGAACGGCUCAUUGAGUCUUGAAGUGCUCUGCUUAAGCUGCACAUGCCGCGGGUUUGAGCCUCAAGGACUUGGCUCCAGACUCCAGCUGGUUCGUGUUCGUCACUGCUGUUAGGUUGUGUUGUGCUUGCUUGUUGUUUAAGGCAUCCUGUUUGUAUACUUCUGCAGCACUAUCAUGUACAAUUAAUCAUGUGCUUCGUACAAUUGUGAGAAUAAAAUGGUUUCUAGUCUGUUUCUU